AGUUUCAACUACUGUAUAACUUUAACAAGCUUUUCUGCCUUUCAUGUUUAAACUAUGGACUACAGGAACUGAACGUUUGCUUCAGGGUUUGAAGAUUUCAAUAAUAUGCAUUUCGACUUCUACUCGCCGACCUAUAUUAAGAAGAGUUCUAUUAACUUGAGACUUACUUGGUAUUUUCAGGACCAAUGUAGUCCCGUUAUGACAGCAUACAAACUGGUGACAAUAGAUGUUCCAUACUGGGGCUUUGGGGGAAAAUUGGAGCAAGCUUUGAUGGCGGGGGAAAGGGCUCUUUUCCUGGAAAGUCAUCGUAAUUACUUUGCCUGGAUUGAUGAAUGGUUUGGGUUGACGACAGAGAUGAUGCGCGAGUUAGAGCGAGAAAGUGAUUAUUCGUUGAAUAUGAAACUUGGCCAGCCUUGUGCAGCUGAGAGGAGUUGGAUAACACCAGAAGAAUCUUUAAUUGGAGGCGAAAAGUCUAUCGCAUGAAUUUUCCAUCCACAUCCUGCACAAUUAGCGGUCUUUGGUAUAGUUCCUCUCAUAAUUGGGCUUAAACAUAAACAACUAGAAGAUUACUGUUUGACUUAAAAUGUUAACGAACAGUGUUUAAGCAAAUCAAUCAAAUAUAUGGAGGAGAGGUAAAUCGUAAUCAAAGAUAAUCGACACUAGAGUAUGAGUAAUCCUUUGUGGUUUGGUGAUUCGGAGCAGUUAAAGGACAAAGUUGCGUGAUAAUGUUACAAAGAUCCGAGG